AAUUCCAAAUCUUUCAGUUAAGUCUUAAAAUUGCUUCACAUGAAGGAGGAAACCUUGAUCAAAAGAAGAAUGGUCUGACUCACAGGUCAGCUUCAGAAUAAAGCCAAACCUAAAAAACAGUGAUCCAGAACCUUUCCACGACCAGAAGAGAUGAGCACUGAGAGGCCUUUCAACUUAAUCAAACACCCAGGGCAGACAAGCAUUCCUUCCCUUGAAAAUAUAAGUGAUUUUUCCUUAAAUGUCACUGACUGCAUCCAGGUUGUGGUGCCAGAGGAAGUUUUUUUUACUGUUGCUGCUGCUGGGAUACUGGAAAAUCUGCUUAUCCUUAUUGCUGUUGUUAGAAAUAAGAACUUGCAUUUGCCCAUGUACUUUUUCAUUUGCAGUUUAGCCAUUUCAGACAUGUUAGGUAGCUUGUACAAAACUCUGGAGAACAUCUUUAUCAUCUUGUGCAAAAUGGGAUACCUGACACGUCAUGGGGACUUUGAGAAAAAACUGGAUGAUGCCAUGGAUUCCAUGUUCAUUCUGUCUUUACUGGGAUCUAUUUUCAGCUUGUUGGCUAUUGCAGCAGAUCGAUACAUCACUAUCUUCUAUGCUUUGCGGUACCAUAAUAUCAUGACACUGAGAAGGGCCUUGGUUAUCCUGGCAGUCAUUUGGACGUUCUGUGCUGGCAGUAGCAUUGCCAUUGCCCUCUUCUCCUAUGAAGCUGCAACAGUCAUUCCCUUCACUAUCCUGUUCCCUCUAAUGAUGUUUUUUAUACUGUGCCUCUAUGUCCAUAUGUUCCUCCUGGCUCGAUCUCAUGCUAAAAUGAUUGCCUCACUGCCCACCAGCACAGUCCACCAGAGAACUAACAUGAAAGGAGCAAUUACGUUGACUAUUUUUCUUGGAGUUUUCCUUUGCUGUUGGGCCCCCUUUGUUCUUCACAUUCUCUUAGCAAGGUUUUGCCCACAUAACCCUUACUGUGCUUGCUACAUGUCCAUUUUCCAUGUGAAUGGAACACUCAUAAUGUGCAAUGCAAUCAUUGACCCUAUGAUUUUUGCAUUUCGAAGCCCAGAAUUGAGGAGUACAUUUAAGAAGAUGUUCUACUGUUCCAGGUCAAACUGGAACUGGAAUUGGUAAACACUUAGUGAAAAAUUAAGAUUAUAGAAGCACCUGUGGAGUGCUGUGCAACAUCUGUUUGCAAAGUCAAAAAUAC